AUGGCGUUGAGCAAUGAACAACUUUCUCACAUUUUACAGCGACUUAGUCAAAAUUACCCUACAAUCCCGGUAUCUCACGGUGGUAUUGAAGAUUAUACCUUCUGGUUACCAGUAAGAAACUUGAGCUCUAAUUGGCAAUAUAGUACAGGAAAUUCCAACGGUGAUCAACAUCGACAAGAUAUGUCUGCUAGGGCUCACCAAAAUCAAAGGAGUGUCCCAGAUAACUCAAGAAAGAUCACACAUAACGAAGGGUUUGGUCAUUCUUGUCCAGAAAAAUUCAUUGAAAAAAACCCUACUACAGGUAGUGAACUACACACAAUGCCAAAGCAAAUAGCAAAACAACAAUAUAACAAAGCUCAAGAAGAUAGCACGGAGACUCGCACUAGUAACUUUGAAGAAUUAGAAAAUUCAUUGGAUCACAAUAUCAAGAGCAAUAAUGCAAUCCAAAGCGUAAAUAAUACUCUAGCAGAUUAUCAAGUAAAAAUACCUGAUCAAACGAAUAAUGGUUACAUACAAUCAGAAAUAUUCGAUAUUUCGUACAUGUCCAAUACCGAAAUAAUGGCUAUUAAACAGCUAAUACAGAAUGCGGAAGAUGUAACAUUUUGUAUAUAUUUUAGCAACAAAAAACCACAUUAUCGAAGUCAGGAUAAGGAAUUUAUAACCUCACCGUUCUAUGCUUUGAAGCCACAAGGGUUAAUGAUUUCCAUUUCUGCAUCAAUUAAUGACGCCAUACGUCCACAGCAUUAUCUUAUUCCUUUCGAAUGUCAACAAGAAACUGUGAAAACUUGCAAGGAACUAGUAUACUUUAUGCUUAACGCAAGUACUGUCAAAAUUUGCUAUGACUGGCAAUCUUGCUUAUAUCAUAUGAUUCGUUUUUAUAUGAAAGAAAUACAAACAGCAGUUCUUGAUAUUACGCCUAUCAGAAUAGAUACUGAAUUACUCAGAGAUUAUCAGCCAAUUUUUGAGGCUAAAUUAGAAGCAUUAGAAAAAAAGGCGCAUCAAGUCUACUGUAUAAUAUUCAUUAAGAGACUAAGACAAAGCAUUUUACAGAUAUCAGGCUAUUCCUUUUCGUUACAAAGUCCAAAACAGAUCGAAACGAUCUUAUUCGAAAAACUGAAACUUGAUCAAGUCUUGAAAUUAAAUCUUGUUCUAAAGACCAAGAAAAAGCAAAGUCUAUCGACUUCCGACGAAGUUCUGAAUAAAAUAAAAUCCACCUCCAUUGAUGGAAUUUUAAGGUUAAUGAAAAAGAAUAUGCAGGCAAUACCUAAAGCAAUGAUUGACUUUGGAGGGAUAGAAGAUACUAAAAUUUUCGGUGAAAAUGAAAAUGAAACUUAUAAAGGUAGUUACAGUCCAAGGGAUAUGAUUAUUACCAAAAAGAACUAUAGUUUAGUAAGCGUCGAUUUUCAAGCAAUUGAGCUUCGUCUUCUAGCGCAUUUUUCUAAUGAUUCCAUGUUACUCCAAAUUUUUAAUGAACAUCCUACGAUAAAUAUCUACACUUGGCUGGCCACAUUCUGGUUUAACAAAAAUAUUGAUGACAUCAGUCAAGCAGAAUUCGAUCAAGCUAAGGAAAUAUGCUAUUCAAUAUUGUAUGGUAUAGUAAAAUUUCCAGCUGUGGCAAAAUAUAAACAGAAUUUGAUAAGGCGUUGUCAUGAGCAAGGAUCAGCAGCGGAUCUUUACAAACUGAGAUUGAUUGAAUUAUUUGCCAUCCUUACCGACGAAGCGUUUAAAUCGGUUAGCCGUAUUAAUAUAUUUGCAACUUGCCCUCGUUUAGAAGUUUUAUAUAACGUCAUGGAAUCCCCUAAUAUCGGCAAUGAAAUCAGAUUAACGGUGCCGAUGAAAGUUUCUAUCAAAGUGGGUGAAAGCUGGGGCAAUAUGGCAAUCGUAUAA